CAGUUUUUGCACUGAGCUCCCGCGGAUCCUCAACAUGAAGUCAUCUUUCGUAAUCCUAUUGCUCGCCCUGGGCCUUUGUUAUGGCCAGAAAAAGGGAACGCAGACCCAAGAGCUUCAUUUAGACAUGCCCAUUUCUAAUUGCGAAUCUGGAUCAUGCUCAACUCAAGCCACAAAAAUUACUAUUGAUUCCAACUGGCGCUGGACUCACGACAUCAGCAGUGCCACCAACUGCUACACCGGCAACGAGUGGUCAUCGCAGUUCUGCCCUGACUCUGAUACAUGCACCGCCAACUGCGCCAUCGACGGAGUUGAUCAGAACACUUGGACUGGGACUUACGGCAUCACCGCCGGGGGAGGUUCAGUUACCUUGAAGUUCGUUACUCAUGGUCCUUACUCCACCAACAUUGGCAGCAGGUUGUACCUCUUGGAAUCUGACUCCGCUUACCGCAUGUUCCACCUCAAGAAUAGGGAAUUCUCCAUUGAUGUCGAUUCGUCUAAUCUUCCCUGUGGACUUAACGGCGCUAUGUACUUUGUUGAGAUGGACCAAGAUGGCGGCUUGUCAGAAUAUCCCACAAAUGAAGCCGGAGCUGCAUAUGGUACUGGUUACUGUGAUGCACAAUGUCCUCAUGACAUGAAAUUCAUCGCUGGUAAGGCCAACUGCGAUGAGUGGGUGCCAUCAGCCGACGAUCCGAACUCAGGAACUGGCAAGUACGGAAUUUGCUGCCCUGAGAUGGACAUCUGGGAAGCAAACAGCCAAGCCCAGUCCUUUACCAGCCAUCCUUGCAACGUCGAUGGAUACACUCCAUGCACAGGAACAGACUGCGGGGACAACGGCGCCGACCGGUACAGCGGAGUUUGCGACAAGGACGGCUGUGACUUCGCUGCCUACAGGAACGGCGUUCAUGAUUUCUAUGGACCUGGAAUGACCGUCGACUCAUCAAAGAAAGUAACUCUCGUCACUCAGUUCAUCACUUCUGAUGGAACCGAUAAUGGUGAUCUCGUAGAAGUGCGUCGUAUUUUCAUCCAAGAUGGACAGACGAUCCAGAACACUGCAGUGAACUUCCCUGGCGUUACAGCCUACGAUUCCAUCACAGAGGAAUACUGCCAUGAAAUAAAGAGUUUCUUUGGUGACUUCGACGAUCAUUCAGCCAAGGGAGGACUGAAGGCCAUGGGUGACUCUCUGGGUCGCGGACACGUUCUGGUCAUGAGUCUCUGGGACGAUCACUACGCCCAUAUGUUGUGGCUCGAUAGCUCCUACCCUACCACCGGCGAUCUGAAUGCCCCUGGGGUACUGCGAGGUCCCUGCCCAACAACUGGUGGUGUGCCCUCUGAGCUGGAGAACCAGUAUGCCGACGCUUCGGUUACCUUCUCCAACAUUAAGAUUGGACCCAUCCAGACCUAUUAGACCAUCAUGAACCAUUCCGGACCAUCCAAAUCAAGUCGAAUAUACAAUGAGAAUACAAUAAUUCAAUUUGA